UGGCGCUGUACAAACAGACUUUGCCGCAAAUGGUAUCGUGAGGUUCUGAGUGAUGAGGAAGUGCCUAAGGUAUUUUUUUAUUCUUUGAACGUUACAAGUCGUUUCUUCCAGCUUUUCCAGGUUAAUGUAUUUAAGGAUGUGUAUUUACGAACAUUUCAGACAGGACGAUGGAGAGACUUAGUCACUGCUCAAGCGAAGCCACCAGUUUCAGACGGUGCUGAAGAGCAGCAGAUGUCGCAGUGGACCAAGAAUAUACCUGGAGAAUGUACGGGUCUACCAGGAAUCACACUGCAACCCAACGGCGCAACGCAAUCGGAAAAUUUUGCUGUGCAAGGUAUUGCUGGAAGAAAAGGACCAGCUGAGCUAUCACCGGAACGUGAAUUCUCGAAUGAUCCACUGGAUGCAGCGGCUGCGUUCUUCACCAUAUCCAAAGCACUCUUCGCAGCUUCAAAAGCACGGGCCAGUACAUCGGACUCAGUGGAUGACGCUCUCGACUUCAUGAUGGAUGUGCUGUUCAGCUCUUUUGCGCCACUUUUAACAUUAACCAGGCAUUUGGCUGGAAAUAUGAUGGAUCAUCAAACCGAACAGAAUCUUUGGGAAGCAUGUGCCAUCCAUACACGUUUACCUUCUUGA